UGAGAGAAGGCCUACACCAUCGAUCACGGUUAGAACUCUACACUGCACAUUUAAAGUUACGAUCACGUUGACGUAGUGAUCGUUGUCGUAGUCAUUAAAAGUGAUAAUAUACCAGCUUACAACAAUAACAACGGACAUAUUAUAAUAUUAUACAAUAUGGAUACUACCAAAUCAGCCAGGAAUGUGUACAGCAUCGAUCAAAUUCUCGGAACUACUCAUCCGUCUAAAAUCGAAAAUACGAGUGUUCAUUGCCAAUCGAAAUUGGACGCAUUAUAUGCUGCUAGUGGAACCGAUCCAUCACUACAUCGGUCCGACGAACACGAUGACGAUAAACCACGAAAAGUUCGCCGUAGUAGAACAACAUUUACCACAUAUCAAUUACAUCAAUUAGAAAGAGCUUUCGAAAAAACACAAUAUCCUGAUGUAUUUACCAGAGAAGAACUUGCCUUACGAUUGGAUCUCAGUGAAGCCAGAGUGCAGGUAUGGUUUCAAAACCGUAGAGCUAAAUGGAGAAAACGAGAAAAAUCAAUGGGCAGAGAAUCAAAUCCAUACAUACCUGACCACACAUUGUUCAGAAACGAUUGUUUGCCCGUGGCACCCGCGCUAGGAGGUCCACUGCCGUUCCUCACACCCGAACAGUUCUGGCCGAGCAUCGUGUUCAACCCGGCGGCCGCAUCCGCGUUCCUGCUGGGUCUGCCGUGGCACCAUCAUCACGCCGCCCAGCCGUCGGCCACCGCGGCGGCCGCGUCGUACCAGUCGUCCGUGCACAAAGCGCUGUCCGAGCGGAUCAUCAGCGCCAACCAGUGGCCGGCCGCCGCGCUGCAGACGUCGUCCUCCGAACCGCACAGCCCAUCGUCCGCGGGCUCGUCCAGCCCCGCUGCGCUAUCGCCCGCUCACGGGCCGUCAGUGGACGCGGCCACGGUCGCCGCCGCCGCCGUUCACCGAUCGCCCUACCUGAACGACGACGACGACGGUGACGAUGACGACGACGACGAAUCCGGCAGGUGUUCGCCGCCCGUCUUGAUGGAAAACGUUUCCUGUUAGUAUUUGCGGCCACGGCGGUAUAUUAUUAUACAUUAUAUUAUAUUACCGGCAAAUAUGAGCCAACCGCUUUAUAUAGUUAUUAUUUCGCAUCGACCCCCCUCCCCCCCCCCUCUCCAGUCAUCAUCGACCAUCGUCCCCCAACUUGACGUAUUAUUGUUUUUUUUAUAUGAUGUGAUUUUAAGAUUUAUGUAAUAUACAAUUAUUGUCGAUUAGUUUAAAUAAAAGAAAAAAGAUUUUAUACUGAGGUUAUUUUGUAAAUGCCUUUACCGUUAUUACCAUUAUACUAUGUACGAUAAUAGCACUAGAUUUUUGUUAUAGGUUUUUUUUUUUUUACCACUUUUUAUUUCUACAAACUAUAACAACAUAACAAUCUGCAAUACAUUUCUAGGUACGUAUAGGCAGAAACUAUACGCAGAAACCGAUUAUUAAACUGUAAAUUGUAAUAUUAUACCUAUUAUACUUUGUAUAUACAUAGUAUUACUAUAUUAUUAUAUAUUAUAAAUAAUGUGCCUAUUAUACUAUUUAUAGUUAAUUCGUUAAAUUUCGAAUUCGGUGUAAGUACCUAUAUAUUCAUUAGUCUAGGAGUUACUGUCGGUUUGUUCUUAACCAUUUUAGCCCACGUCUUGAUCUUUUUAAAGUUUAUAAAAAAAUUAUUUUUUGUUUGCCGAUUUUUAUUAGGUCUUUGAAUAAUUUGGAAUCACCUGGUGCUAGUGACAGACGCGCUAUAAUCAGUUGAUUUUUCUUUAAUUUCGGAGACUCUCCUCCCCCUCGAGCUGGACUACACUUCUGCCGAUUGUUGUAAUGUAUUCAGGAAGACCGAUUCUAUGAUAAAAAUCAAGUGAACUAAAAAGAGUAAGGUCAAACCGUCAGUAAUCCAUGUCGAUAGGUAGUUCGUUAUUAUAUCGAACAAUAUUGGUGCAAUAUUAAUAAACAUCGAAUUACCGACAUUUUCAAAAAAAUAGUAUCAUGAUAAUUUAUAGUACGUUAUUUAUAUAUUAUAUCCUGAACCCUCGUUGUUCACUCGGUCGUAGGGUAUUGUCCGAGUUGCGGUCGCAAUAGACGAAUUGCGGUCUUAAUAAUAUUGAAGGUAAAAUUAACGUCUUAAUUGCGGUCAGUAUCCGGUUAUCAAGCUUCUGACCACUCCAAACGUUUGUGCAUCGUUUGUGCAGAAAUGUGCACCAAGUCCAAUCGUUUGUGCAUAAAAACUGAAAGCUCUAUCCCUAAAACAAAAUGGGGGGCCAUUGAAACGGUAGCCCCCCCCCCCCACAUUGAAUAUUUGGAUUUUUGAAUGUGCCAAACGUUUGUGCAUCGUUUGUGCAGAAAUGUGCACCAGAUCCCGACGUUUGUGCACAAAAACUCCCAGCGCUAUCCAAAAAACAAAGUGAGGGGUAUUAACACGAGGGUCCACUUUUUUGAAAUUUUAAAUAUUUGUCAUAUUAAUAAAUGUUGUUUACGUACCUAAUAGGUUUAAUAGAAUUUUACUAUUGCCAUGUAAACGUAUGACAAAUAAAAAUCUUCAAAUAUUUUUAAUUUAUCAAGAAAGCAUUAUCUUGUUCUAAUGUUUUUGAUUUCAAAAUUGUAUGAAUAAAUACAGUUUUUUCUUUAUGCAUUUCUUUACUUUAUAUUUUAUAUUCAAAAUUUGUAUUUUGACCGUUUCAUUUUUGUAUUUAGCAUAAUAAUAUGUAACUAUGUGUCUAUGUCAAUAUUUAAAACAUAAUAAUUAUUAAUCAUAUUUUUUUACCGCAACUAGGAUUUUUACCUAUUUUGAUAUUUAACCUGUUUUGAUCCCGACCGCAACUCGGAUUUUUUUUUUUACCUGUUAUAAUCUCGACCACAACUCGGUAUAUUCAAAUUAUAAUUUGUCUUUUCGUAGAAUAAUAUGUACCUAUUAUAGGUACAAUUAUUGUUUAACAGUUAAUGGUCAGUCUGCAGCCUGCACUCUGAAUACCUACCUACUAAUAUUGCUAUACACGGAAAAUCAGUAAUCUAAAUUAUGAUACGUAUUAAUACUUAAUCUAAUAUAAUUAAUAAUAUUAAUAUUUAGCUGAAUAGUGUUAAGUAGGUAUUGAUCUCUUUUAAAAAUAUAAAUGUAUCAUCCAUCAUCCUCUCGACGUUUACGUAUAUUAAACAUAUUUCAUUCGAUCGUUUCGCUAAACGCGAACUAAUUUCAAUUUUAACUUUAAGCGUGUUGUAGGUAGUUAGGUAGGUAGGUACUCGAUCAUUUUAUAAUUGAGUUUGUAAAUUAAUAAUAUAAACAAUAUUCCUGUAAUAAAAUAUUGACGUUUAUGUAUGUAAUAUAUACGCUAAAUAUGUAUAUUAUGUGUAUUGUUUAAUGUGUAUCGUAAUUGUAUGUAUUCCAUUGUAUUUCUCAGGAUUGUAAUUUAGUAUAAUAUGCAUAGAAUUUUUAUAUUGAAAGUUAUUGGUUUUGCUCGGAAUACCUACAUAUCUAUAUGUAUAAUAUGGAAGACUUAUAUACUCGUAACCGA